UGUCAGUAAGGGGAUUCAUUUGAUUCAGAAGAGUCGGAGAUGAGUAAGUGUGGGAAGAAAAUCACUCUACCUAGAGAAGUGGAGCUGUAAAUUCCACCACGCCUUACUGACCUGCAUCUACACCAGUGGAUCUUUAUAGAUCUGACCCGACGGAACAAGUAGCCGCGCUGUUGGGACGAAGUGGAGAAAUGAGAUGAGUCGGUGCCCCCUCAAAGUGAAUGUGCGACACACACGUGGACGCCCUUCGUGCGGAUAACGGAGUCAGCGUGGUUCCACCCGGAACGGAUGGAAUUUGAUUAAGGAGUAGGGUGCUGCUGAAAGGAGAAUCUGGCCAGCCUGUCAUGUCCACCCUGGCGAAGAAAAUGUCCAUGAUUGUUAUUGACAACUAUACGAGAAGAGCUGGUCUGCUGCCUUGCCUCGCAUUCCUUUGCCCCAUGGUGUGGCAAACAGUGAGAGCUGCUGUAGUGUUGUUCUUUUGCAGCAAUCCAGUAUGUGGGGACAGCAAGAGAUGAUGGAGGUGGGGGAUGAAGUAAUAAUACAAGACCUGCCACUUCACCCAACUAAGAGCAACUCUACUAGUCACCACAAGACUCUACCACAUACAGAGAUGAUGAAACUAGAAGAGGAGGAGGAGGAGGAGGAACCCGAUAUACAAGAUGUGCCUCUUCACCUGAUUCAGCGGAACUUCCUCUGUCACCACAAGACAGACAAAAUACCAGACAGGGGAAGAAAUGCCAUGGUGAUAUACACGAAGAAGGGACAGGGUGCUGAUGAACACAUGGUCCUCUUCCCCAACUCCGAAAGAGUGGAUGCCCUGGUGGAGUGUCACAAAUGGGACUGGACAGAAGACACAAGCCCAGAUACUAUGGAGACCCUUAAGGAAAUCAAAAAGCAGGCAGUAACUAAAGUAAAACGAGAGACAAAGAUUAAAAAGGCCUUCUCAGCCCAAUCUCCAGCCUUUGCCCAACAUGCCACCUUAAGCAAGCUACAACAGUGGAAGACUCAUGGAAAAUUCAAAGCAAAAUCAUCAAAAAUUCCAGAAAUUACUGGGUACUCUGACACUUAUGACUGGGAUGGUCAUUUUAAUCUGCCUCCCAACUUGACUUUCUCACGUGAGCGACACUACCUGAGGAUGGCAAGGCUGGCAGAAAUGGAAGAAUCUGACGAACACACUCCAUUAGAAGACAUAGACAUCCCGUUACCAACGACUCCAGAUGAACUCUUUGACAAAAUCGAUGGACCAGAAGAAGUUUAAAACACAUGUAAAUGACUAACAGUUGGUUAGUAAAUGGAAAUCAAGGUGGUAGAUGCUGACAGUCAUAUGACAAAAGGUUAGGUAGGUAGGUAAUGAAGAUUAGCAUGGUGGAAGAUAAAAAGACUCAACCAUUAUAGAGUUAAAUCAAAAGAAGUGGAGGAAUACAGGAGGAAUAUUCAGUGGUGAUGCAACAGGAGAUCAUCAAAGGAAGGAUUACUUGUCAUGGUUGUUAUUUUUGGUCUCCUUAAAUCUAAGACCUAUAAUCUCAUACAUGUUACUGUAUCUUAUCUUUUCUUUCAGCCAUACUUUUCCGUUUUUGCAGCCAUGUUUUUCUUACUUCAUUAAAUUUUCUUCUUAUAUUAAAUCAUCUUAUAUUAAUAUUCCUUUUAAUGCACAAGGAUAUUUAUUUUUUUGAUGAGCAUUGCCUCAAAUUCCUGAAUAUAUUUUGAUAAUUUUUAGUUAUUGCAAUGGAUAACAUUUAACAAGAACAGAUUCAGUAGGGCCUUCCAUUUAAAUGAAGUCUUACAUCUAACAUGUUUACCCUUAGAAUGUAUAAAAAUAACAUCUGAUGAACUAUAAUGAUUUCAUUGAUAUUUAGUUACUGGUAAGGUACAAGUAUCACAUGCAUAAUAACUAAUACACAUGUACUAUAUCCAAGUUCUGCACUACAAUCUUUUAAGAACCUCAACCUAAUAAUAUCACAUACCGUUACCAUCCAUGUGAACAGCUGUGGUACUAAACAGGUGUGGCUGUUUCAUAAGGGUUGGUGGACUGCAGACCUCCCUGUCUCAGCCUUGCCAGGCAGAUAAGUGAUUCAUUCAUAUAAUUCAUUUUAUACAAAUAAAUAAUAUUAUACUUUUAUAUUCCAUUCAUUAUUUUUUCAUUGUUUUUUCUAUCAUUUUCUAACACAAAAUACUACCAGAUUUGAUAAAUUAAUUACAUCUUCCAGGAUUGGUGCAGCACUAGCCAGACUGUAGCAGGGCUGGUGUCAGUUUUCAGCCCUGCGUGGCACCCUGAGUGGGUAAUGUUAUUUGCCUUCUGUGUUAGUUAAACAAAUAGUGCAAUACGUCUGUGAUUCAUGAAUACUUGCCAGUUUUAGAACCCUACAUGACAACCAAAGCUUAGUUUCAGUGUCCUGCUACUUCAAUACUAUACAUUGUACUUAAUAACUUCAUAAAUAUUCCACAUAGCUUUGGCAACACAUUAAAUUUUAAAUUAUGAGCCUGUGAGUACAAAACGUAAUGUUUGUGAUUUAAAUAAAACUGCCUACAGCACAGCCUCGGUAUUGUAAUCUGAAAUUAUUAUGCAGCUCCCCCAAUUUUUCUUUACAAUGCCACUGACAAUACCCAUCCAAGAAAGUGACCCAUGCAGCCACAUUUCACAGUGCUCUGAUUGUUAAGUCUAUAUCUAUUGACAACCUCUACCAUGCAUUCAGAAUAUUGAUUGUGAGACCACUAACCCAGUGUGUGUGUGUGUGUGUGUGUGUGUGUGUGUGUGUGUGUGUGUGUGUGUGUGUGUGUGUGUGUGUGUGUGUGUGUGUGUGUGUGUGUGUGUGUGUGUGUGUGU